UACAAGCCAUUCUUUUCUUGUUCCAAGUUGCACUCGGCCAGAGAAGAGAUUCCUUAAUCCUCUUGGGAGCUGAUCUCCAUUGGGAUCUCCUCUGGUAAUUAACAUACCAAACUUCCCCGCCUAGCUUAGAGGUGAUAAUCAACUUGAGGCACACGAUUCAUCAUAUCAUCGUUAUAUAGUAGUGUAUUUUCUGCUCUGCUACCGGUACCACUACCUACCACUAGUUCGUGCGUAUAUCGGUAUAUAUUACCCAAAUUAAAGACAACUUUCCUAGCCGGAGAAAAAAGGUUUGCGACGGCGAAGAUGAUGCUACGAAUUCGAAGCAGAGAUGGGCUGGAAAGACUCAAAAUCGAAAACCCACAAUCCACAAUCGGCGAACUCAAAUCCCAAAUCGAAUCCCAACUCCGGGUUCCCACCCAAUCCCAAACCCUCUCCACCAAUCAAAACCUCUUGUUGGCCAAAACCCUAGAUGAUCUCUCCAGGUUCACCGACAUGUCCAAUCCCCAAACCCCACUCUCCUCCCUCAACCUCACCCACGGCUCCAUCAUUUUUCUCGCAUACGACGGCGAACGCACUGUCGCCGGUGGCCCCCUCAUCAACCCCGCCGGCUCCUUCGGCAAGAAGAUGACCAUGGAUGACCUCAUCGCUAAGCAAAUGCGGGUUACGCGCCAAGAGGUUUCUCACUGUGAAUUAGUGUCUUUCGAUCGCGACGCCGCUAACGCCUUCCAGCAUUAUGUAAACGAUACCCUGGCUUUUGCGGUGAAGCGCGGGGGUUUUAUGUACGGAACGGUGUCUCCGGAGGGAAAAGUGGAGGUGGAUUUUAUAUACGAGCCGCCGCAGCAGGGGACGGAUGAGAAUUUGAUUCUCUUGCGCGAUCCAGAUGAGGAAAAACUGGUGGAAGCGAUAGCUGCGGGGUUGGGGAUGAGGAAAGUGGGAUUUAUAUUUACGCAGACCAUUAGUCAGGACAAGAAGGAUUUCACCAUGUCCAAUGCCGAGAUUUUGCAGGCUGCCGAGCUGCAUGCUGAGGGCGAUUUGAAGGAGUGGGUCACGGCGGUGGUGAAGCUGGAGGUGAAUGAAGAUGGGCUUGCUAAUGUGCAUUUUGAGGCGUUUCAGAUGAGCGAUAUGUGCAUUAGGUUGUUCAAGGAAGGAUGGUUUGAGACAGUAAUUCCGGAAGGGCUUGAUCCGAAGCUAUCUAGAAUGAAAAAGGAUGUUGUAGUCGGAGUGAAAGAUACUAAAGAGGUUGACAAUGACUUCUUCUUGGUCGUUGUCAAGAUUUCUGAUCACCAGGGUCCUCUUUCAUCAACAUUUCCAAUUGAGAACAGAAAUGAUCUUGUCACCAUGAAAGCUUUGAGAAGCCAUCUGGACCGAGCAAAGAACCUCCCAUUUGUGAAGCGAAUUUCUGACUUCCAUCUGCUACUCUUGCUGGCUAGGUUUUUGGACAUCAAUGCUGAUGUCCCUGCAUUGGCUGAAUGUGUCCAUACACGGUCAGCUGUUCCUGAAGGUUACCAGCUUCUAAUUGAAUCAAUGGCUAGCGCAUCCUGAUCAUGUCCACCUUGUUCAUUGCCAAAGCCGACAUGACAUGAGGUCUUCGGGUGAUCAGGGAGGAAGCAAUAUGUUUGUCUGGUUUAAUGGAAGUCCAAGUAAGCCCUUGAUGCCCCGAUGCUUUCACGUAAACAUGGGUACCAUGGCAAUUGACUUGUGCAGCGUGGAUCCGACAAUUGUACCGCAGAAUUUGUUUGGGUAAUAGUUGCACGUCUGCCCAAUGUACUUUUGUAUUUAUAAGUCCCAAGUACAUGCAUCCAGGGGUAAAUUAUGUGAAUUAAGAUAAUGAGAAAAAGAGCCGUUUGAAACCUUCAGCUUAGGUAUAAUAACUCGUUAAAAUCUCGUCAUA